AUGGCCGCGUCCGAUGAAUGGCUGGUAGUUGACAGUCACGGCGUACUCGGAAGUACCACAGAAGAGCAGGCUUUGACUGCUAUUUUUGGUCCAUAUCCUGGAACAGAGCCAGAGGAAGAGCGUGGAUUGGAAGAGAUGCUUGAUGCUAGCAUUGAAGCAUGUGGUGACCCUGGAUUCUCAGAGCGGAAGCGCCCGACCCAGCGCACAUUACAUGAUGUGAUUGGAAAGCCAAAGGCAAAGGCAAAGACAUGUGCCCGUGCCACCAGUCAUUCCAUGGGCAGUGCGUCGUCAUCAUCUGGACCUGGACGGUCUGGACGUGCUUUUGAUUUCCAGAGAGCUCUAGCUGGCAUUCAGCAUGCAGAGCCUGUGCGCAACUCCGAUGGCCCUAGCCAAAGGGUUACGGGAUCAGCACUCUUUGAGGAUGAGGAAGGGGGUCGAGUUGUGGUUCACGAAGAUGAAGACCAGAUCACGAUCUUCUGUGGUGAGCCUAUCAUUGUCCCACCACUUCGGUUGCAUCGGCUCACUGCUUCCACGAUAAAGGCUGCUCUGGAUGACUGGAUGCCAUUGUGGCCAUCCAAGAGGUCGACAUUGGUCAGUGGCGCGGUGUACAACAUUGCGAUACUGCUUGCUGAUGGUGCCUUCUCAAAUGUUCUUGUGAAGAAGUUUGAGGCUUUAGUGGUGCCGGGUGGGACAGUGGGAGAGGUCCCAAAGGAGCCAGAGCCGGCUGCCCCAGAAAUCAAACCAAAGGGACGUGGUCGUGGUAAAGGCCGCAGCCGCGGCAAGGGCAGCAAAAGUGAAGAUGUUGGUCCAGCACCCAAAAAAGAUAUUGAGGAUUCCAAGGAAAAGGAUGAAAAAACCGAAAAAGCAAAGAAAGGACCAUUCUUGCUUACCAACUUGGUUCGUGUUGGAAACCAGAUGCGAGGGGCAAGCACAUGGAGUAUUUUGCAAAAUGCACUGCAGAAGGUGAUUGAGCAAAAGCUUGUCUUGCGUCCAUUGUCAUCCCGCCCGCAAAGUGCACUUGAUCAAUUGAAAUUCAACAUCGAGAUCUUGAAACUCUUGGGUAAGUUACCUUCAGGCUUUGAUUUCAAUGCGACUGAAUUGUCUGAAGACUCUGAUCAGCAUAGCACGGCCAACAGCAAGAAGCAGAGUGAACUCGUGGAGUCAGCAUCUGAACUUUUGAGGCUGGUUGGCUAUUCCGACUGGCAGGGGAAGGACUUGAUCGUGUACGUAGAUGACUCAGCAUUAGAGAAUGGCAUGCAGCAGGAAAAACUUCGACAUGCAGUUGUAGAUCACGUGACGAUCUUGUAUCGACAUAUCUUUCUUGCCUCGAAACCCAGCAGACCAGCCCAAGCUCGCUGGACAGGGGUGGCUAGUGUAGCUGAGUUUGCAUUGGGUUUGUCAUUAUCUUUUGGAAUGCUACAGCCACUCUUUGCAUCUCUGGCAUCGAAAGACAGUGACAGUAGCGGAUUGGCGAAGACCAUGGACAAGGAUGCUGAUGUCUGGGCCCCAUUUGAAUCAGCAUUGAGCAGGGCCAAUGAGAAAACGACACCGCUGAAGCUGUUUUUGUUGAUGGAAUGCAAUCGACCCAUUCGAAUGCUGCUUUUCUACAUCCUUCGCUACGAGUUUGGGUGUGAGAGCCAGGACACAGAAGAAGAUGAUCUGCGGGAACUUUGUCGGAGGUCUCCAGUUGACACCUUCAGCUUUGGGCUUUUCACCCGUUUUAUGUCGCAGCCGCCCUGUUGCCUCGACCAUGGCUUUGGACGCCCACUUCAAGCCAGCCUGAAGACGUUGACUGAGCCAGAG